UCCUCCAUAAUCUUCCUUUACUGGCAUCAAUGGAAACCUUCCAGUCUGUCCUCUUAGUUAUGCAUCUGAUGCUAUUAUUGUUUUCCUCAUCAUCGGGGGCGAAGCAUAACAACAUUACCGACCUCUCGGCCCUCUUGGCCAUCAGAGCCCAGGUCAUCGAACGUGAUCCAGGCAGCAUUCUAUCCGCCAACUGGACCACUGAUGCCUCCUUUUGCACCUGGAUGGGCGUCUCCUGCAGCCGUCGAAGGCAAAGAGUCACUGGUCUCAACGUUAGCAACAUGCCGCUCCACGGCACCAUCCCUCCUCACAUCGGCAACCUCUCAUUUCUGUCUCUGCUCUGGCUUUCCAAUGAUGGCUUAGCCGGAACCAUCCCUGAAUCUCUGGCUCAGCUGCCUCGACUGAAAGUGCUCAGACUUGAUGGUAAUCAGCUUUCAGGUUCAAUACCUCCUUCCUUUUUCAACAUGUCAUCGCUUAUUGAAUUGCAACUCGGGUCCAACAGUAUUUCAGGGACCCUGCCCUCUAAUGAUAGCAACUUCCAUCCGUUGUUCCCUCAUAUUAUGUCCAUACAUGACAACCAACUCACUGGCAGCAUCCCGUCUAGCCUUUGCAGUAGUCGUACUCUUCAAAUCCUGAGCUUGGCUUUUAACCAGCUAACCGGGAGCAUACCGCCAGAGAUUGGAAAUAUGAAGCAGCUUAAUAUAUUAGCUCUUGGAAGUAACAAUCUAACGGGUAACAUACCAUCCUCUUUAGGUAACCUGACUAAUUUGUCUGAAUUAAGCCUUGGCAACAGCAGCUUCCAUGGGAACAUUCCCGAGGACUUGGGUCGUCUCACGAACCUUGAGCUAUUGCAGAUUGUUUUCUGUGGUGGUAUUACUGGUCCCAUACCAAUUUCUCUUUCCAAUUUGUCAUCACUCACAUUCAUUGCACUGAACGAUAAUAGUCUCACCGGGCCCGUGCGUUUGCAGUUUGGGAACAUGGCUAACCUUUACUACUUGGAUCUAUCAGGAAACAAACUAACAGGAGGAGUUGAUUUCCUUGCAUCGCUUUCAAACUGCAGAGGUUUAGAGUUUGUGUCUGUUCGUGGGAAUGAGCUGGAUGGCAUUCUUCCAUAUACCGUAGGUAAUCUUUCAAGGACUCUAACAUACCUUGAUGUUGAGGAUAAUAAUGAGCUAGCUGGAACGAUACCGUUAGAAAUCAUAACCCUACACGGCCUGCAAUACCUAAGUUUGUAUAGUAACAGGAUAUACGGUUCGAUCCCACAAGAGCUAGGCCGAUUGACAAAGUUGGACACACUCUACCUCGACAGCAACAGUCUUUCUGGAUCCAUACCUGACUCGCUGGGUAACAUCACUGGACUAGAGAAAUUAACACUUUUCGCUAACAGGUUAUCCUCAACAAUUCCUGAAACUAUUUGGAGUUUGACUUUUCUAUAUGAAUUGGGUCUGUCACAAAACCUUCUCACUGGAUCGCUGCCAUUAGCUUUGUGGAACAUGCAGGGCUUAUAUGUAUUCGAUGUAUCACUAAAUCAGCUGUCGGGUAACCUUCCAAGUCCUCCGAAGUAUCUCGAAAUCAAUGUUUUAGAUCUAUCAAAUAACUCAUUUGAGGGGCACAUUCCCCAAUCAUUUGGUGAUCUCAUUAAUCUUGAUGUCUUGAACCUUUCUUGCAAUAAGCUCUCAGGAGUUAUACCCGAGUCCUUGGUCAAUCUUCGACAUCUCAGCAUCCUUAACUUAUCAUUCAACAUGUUGGAAGGAAAUGUCCCAAGUGUUGGUGCCUUUAUGAAUGUCAGCAUCGUGUCUUUGGAAGGAAAUGUGGCAUUAUGUGGAGCACCCAGAUUUGGCUUUCCAUCUUGCAAUGUAACUGAUUCUAGAGUUCCUAAUCCGGGGAGGCAUUUGUUGAGAUAUAUCCUCCCUGCUAUUGCUUCUACGGGAAUACUUGUUCUCUGUUUUUGCAUCUUAUUAAGAUUACGUAGAAGGAGAGCCAAGAAUCCGACCCCAAGUAGCACGCUCUCUCUUACUAAGCAUAGAUUGAUCCCCUACUACGAGCUUCUUGUUCGUGCCACUGACAACUUCAGCGAGAUAAACUUACUCGGAAGGGGUGCAUUUGGUUCUGUGUACAGAGGGCUUUUAGAUGACGGCCUUCUUGUUGCCAUCAAGGUAUUGAAUUUGGAAAUCGAAGGAGCUUCAAGGAGUUUUGAUGCUGAAUGUCGUGCUUUGAGGAUGGUUCGACACAGAAAUCUUGUUAGAAUCAUCAGCGCUUGUUCCAACUUGGAUUUCAAGGCACUCGUCCUCCAAUUCAUGCCCAAUGGAAGUCUAGAAAGAUGGCUAUACUCGCAUAAUUACUGCUUGAGCCUACUCCAAAGGAUUAAUAUAGUAAUCGAUGUAGCGUCAGCUCUAGACUAUCUUCACCACCACCAUCCUGAGGUUAUACUGCAUUGUGAUCUAAAACCGAGCAACAUCCUUCUGGAUGAAGAAAUGAGUGGGCACGUGAGUGACUUUGGCAUUGCAAAACUACUGAGUGGUGUCAGCCUGAGCGGAACCUCAGCAAGCACGGCAGGAACAAUCGGCUAUAUUGCUCCAGAGUUUGCAUCAACAGGAAGGGUCUCCACAAAGGGAGAUGUCUAUAGCUUUGGAAUAUUGUUGCUAGAAAUCUUUACGAGAAAGAAGCCUACUGAUCCUAUGUUUACUGGGGAAUCAAGCUUGCGACGAUGGGUAAAUGACGCAAAUCCUACGGGCCUGUUGGAUAUUGUGGACUGCAAUCUCCUGAAAGAUGAAAAUGGAAAUGAAAGGCCAAAGAACUACUUAAUUUCAACACAGGCCUGUCUAUCUUCCAUCAUGGAGUUGGGGAUUAUCUGUUCAAGUGACUUUCCUAACGAAAGGCUUGCUAUGAAAGACGUUGUCCCACAAUUGCAAAAGAUCAAGAUGAAGUAUAUGUCUGACCCUUUUGUUGCUUGAAACAAGACAAUACUGUAUUAUGAAUUUACUUAUAUGCAUACGGGUUUCUUGUCAGUUAUAUCAAGAGUAAUGUGUAUUAUGAAUUCAGAAGCAACUAUGAGAAGCAUUUUAGUUACUUUUAUUUACUAGAUUUUUUUG